AUGGCGUCUAUACACUCUCGGCCAUCACCAACCUCAUCGUCCCCCUACGACUUCGACUCUAUCCCCGACGACGAAUCAUGGCAGUAUAUCGACUAUACAGCAAUCACCUCUGGGCCAUCGUCUAUUAGUUUUCUCUCCGAUCCUGCUAGUGGGAGUCUAGGAAGCUUCACUAUGGUUGGAAAUGUCCAUGGGACGCCGUCACCUCUUAUGCCAAGCAAUACCUCCCCUUCCUAUGCUGCCGGUAACACUCCUCCGCCAUAUGCCUCUACAAACAACCGUUCUUCACCAUUCAUGCCAGGAGACACACCUCCAACGUCAGCAGCUUCCCCCCUAAUACUAGGCGACAUGAAUCAAGCGACCUUCUUCACGGCCAAUGCAAACUUCCAGGCACCUUCAGACAAUGCCAACUCGGAUAUGUUCGCAACGACGACAGAUGGAGGAUAUGGACAGACACAGGGGUUCCUAACACCCCAACAGUACCUUUUCUCACAGCAAGACACAACUCAAUUCCAAACGCAGGGCUUGAAUGGUAUGCUGAAGAAGCGGGGGAAGGCCUCUCCUUCAGCGCAGAGUACUGAUGCUGCUGCAGACAUGACACUCAUGCAAAACUUCGGGGCCGAUAUGUUCUCGAUGGACGUGAACGGUCAGGUUCAAGUGCCCCAGAUGAACUUUAACAUUCAGCAGCCUAUGCAGUCAGAUCCUAAUGUUCCACCUUGGAAUCACACGCAUACAAGAGGUAGCGAGAGUGUCUUCAUCAUGGAUGACUUCAACAACUCCCCCUCACCUGCGAGCAACUACUCCCAGACCUCGUUCCCCAGCUCAAAAGCGAGCCCCAGUGGGAGCAAGUCGCCGACGUCGAUACCGAUCCGUAAGGUCAAGACUGGAAAAGUUGAGAAGAAGGCGAAGAAAACAGAGCAGUCUGGCAAGUUUGUCAUCGUGACUCCUAACUCUAUCUCAGCUCACGCCGGUCGUCCUAAUCCUUUCGAGUGCUUCGAGGCUAUGAACCGAACAAGUCAGCGAGGGCGUAAGGGACCUUUGGCGGAUGCUACCAAGGAGAAUGCUUUGCAGGUUCGAAGACACGGCGCAUGUUUCUGCUGCCAUAGUCGCAAGGUGAAAUGCGAUCUUGAGCGACCCUGCAAGAACUGCAAGAAAAUCAUAGUCCAAGUGCCACAGAUUGUUUGUUGGCGAUUCAACGACUUCUUGGGGAUCUUGUUUCCCGAGUAUAUUCGCGGACACUUGGCUAAAGACCAGAUGACCAAGUUUUUCUCAGAGAACAUUGCCGGGUUUCAUGUUCAAGGGGUUGAGCAAGUCUGCUCUAUUGAGCUCUUCUCAGGUCCACUGUUCAAUACUGUCCUGGCAAUACGGGCCAAAUUUUUCACACCAAAGACUGACGAGGUCAGGAGUCAUUGGCAGCUCCAGAAUAUAGGAGGGAACAGGGUCGAGCUGAAGAGCAACAGAGCAGCCAACAUCGGCGUUGAGCUCGACAACACAGCCGAGAGGGACACUCUCAAGAAACGAACCAAGAGGUACAUACAGGACCUUCUUACGGAGCCAUACUUUGUCGAUCAGGUCACAGACAACUUCCAAAGUACAUGUUUGCCCCAGAAGGUACUGAGGAUCGUCAAGCAGUAUGCUGACGAGACCGAGUCCCUUAUGGUUAAGCGUGCUUUGUCCAUUUAUUGCAUGCACUACAUCAUGACAAGGCAACUCUGCCUAACUCAAGAGACUGCUGAUGUCCUUCGAUCGAGUGGCAUGAUCGACCAGGGUGACAACUAUGUUACUCCUCGAGUCCUCGCACGACAGAUCAAGUCAAUUGUAGACGAGCUGAUGCAGCGCGAAAUGACACAACUAUUUGACCUAUUCUCCAAGUCACUCAAACCAAAGUCUCGGCGCGAAUGGGCGCCAUGCACCGCCGCCUUCCUUGUUCUCUGCCUCUUCAUGGAGGCGGUUGAAACGGCAGCUGACAUCUUUGUGAUCUCCCAAAACGAGAUCAACAUGAGGAAGAGCGCAAGACCCGAGUACGAGAGAAGCCUCGCGCUGAAUACCUGCGCCGAGGUUGAGAACAUGCCCUUCAGGCAGUUCGCCUACCAGUUCCACCAGAUUUACCAGACGCACAGUAAGGAGGCCAACACGAAAGGCUUCAACCCCUUGCUGGACAGCAGCUUUGCCGAACAGGACGAGCUGGACGGACCGGCGAUCAAGUUCUCGGCUCAACUGAGAGAAUUAUUGUUUGGCGAAAGCUGGCAAGAGUUGCAAUUUCUAGCAGCCAACGACUGGCUCAACAACAACGCGAGCCAUCCUUUCCCAAUGAAUCCUCAGACACUGUACACUGGACGCCUCGUGGCGAGGUUCCUUAUGUCGUUCCAAGACGACAGAGCCAUAUUUGGAGACAGUGGUUGA